UACAUAUUGUGCUUAUUGAUCCUGUGCGAUUCGAGUGAAGGUCUACUUUUGCACUCAGUAAAAUGAAACCAGUUUUCUCAAUAUUAACUCACUCAUAAGUUUCUUUUGUACGAAAAGGUCCUUUCUAAUCGUAACACCUGCAUCGCCUUGGUAAAACUGUACCAGUAAGAUUUAAUUUGAUUUACUAAAAACACACAAAGAUUCUUUCCGUAAGAAACCUACAACUCUGUGUUAUGUCAUUGUGGAGGUUGGUUAGAAGUGAUAUUUUUACAAUUAAAGUAACUUGAAAGUGUUGUGUAGUACAAAGGACAAUGAUAAUAGGGUUGUAACGAAUAAUAGUGAGUAAAGUGAACAAUACGCUAUUACAAAUUAUCAUUCUUAGUAUCGGGUCUAAGUGAAUAUCUAGUGACAGUGAUUAUUGAUUGAUCCAAGUCAAAAUGCAGCAGUUUUCCAACAACGACUAUGGUGGAAAUGAAUAUGGAAACUAUGAACAACAUCAGCAAAUUCCGAUGCAACCGCAGGGUGGCGCCAGACCGAUGGUUGACCCUGAGGCGAUGGGGGAGGUCGAUCCAACGCUCUAUCCGCAAGCGAAAGAAUCAACGCAUAAAAUAAGAGGAAAAUCCGAUAUACUGGAAAUGUUGUGUGGUUCCGUGGACCAAGAAUUGCUGCCAGUGAAAACAUUUUACUUCUUUUUCUACGCCGCCUUUGGAUCACUCUUUCCACUGAUGGGAGUAUAUUUCAAACAAAUGGGAAUGAAUCCCGGUCAAUGUGGUCUGCUUAUUGGCACCAGACCGUUUGUGGAAUUUUUGUCUGCUCCGUUUUGGGGAAGCUACGCUGAUCGAUGCAAAAAAGGAAAGAUGCUACUCAUGGCUUCGCUUGCGGCAUGGAUUAUCUUCACAUUGCCACUAGGCUUCAUUCAACCUCCGGCGACCAGCUGUAUCGAAAGAAAGAAUGCAACCGACUUCGAGCUACGAACACCGCAGGUUCCUCGAAUCCUCAAACGAUCCAUCGACCAGAGCCUUCUCGAGGAAAUCUCUUUCGGAAAGUACACUGAACCAGAAACUCAGUUUUCUAGAGUUGAACGCGCUGCACGACCAUUUGCUGCAGCAGGACAAUCGCCACUUGGAGUCAGCUAUGCUAACAACUUCAACGAGAGAUUGCAUAGCGAUUGGGUUUCGCCCUUGUUUUCCUCUAUCGUGUACAGAACUGCGGACAUUCAAAAAGCCUUUUUUCUGCUUUUGCUUCUUGUUGUCAUCGGAGAAUUCUUCAGUGCUCCUGCGAUAACAUUAGCUGAUUCAGCUGUUAUUACCAUUCUCGGCGAAGAUGCCGAUCGAUACGGACAUCAACGAAUGUUCGGAUCGCUUGGAUGGGGGUUGGCGAUGUUCUUCGUUGGCAUAGCUUUGGAUCAUUCGACGGCUUUCCCGGAUCAUCCAUGUGGACCAGAGAAGCAGGAGAAAAACUACUCUAUUUGCUUUGCAACGUUUUCAGUACUAAUGGGAGCAGCACUUAUCUCCGCCUCUCAAAUAACGUUUAAAUAUGACUAUUCAGAGCCUCAAGAGCCUCAGGUACAAAAAGUUAGUCAGGAACCAACUCACGAGGAAAGAAUGCAACACCAACUAGCAGAACAGUUGCAACUUCCAGCAUUGGCUGCCUCCGCAGGCGGUGUGGGUUGUGCAGCUCCGACUCCACAAGCUCUGGGUGCUAAGACCGAGAUAUUCGCACAGACAACCCGAGAAAUGCCGGAAUGGGUCACUGUACUGAAACAGUUCAAAGACGUCAAAUGUGCUUCGUUUCUCUUCGUGGCGUGGUUCAUGGGAUUUGGCAUUGGGUUAAUCUUUACCUUCCUCUUCUGGCACCUGCAGGAUUAUGGUGGAUCUCCGACUUUGUUCGGCGUUGCAUCUGUCAUUAACCAUAUUUCGGAAAUAUUUGCCUACUUUUUCAGUUUUCGUUUAAUUACCCAGAUCGGUCAUGUCAAGGUACUAUGCCUUGGACUUGUAGGAAAUAUUUUGCGAUUCUUAUAUAUUUCUUACCUGAAGAAUCCUUGGUGGGUUCUACCAUUUGAGUUUAUGCAAGGAAUCACACAUGCUGCUGUUUGGGCUGCGUGCUGCUCGUACAUUGCACAUAAUACUCCGCAGCACUUAAGAUCAUCGGCUCAAGGUGUCCUCCAAGGACUGCAUCAUGGGCUUGGAAGAGGUUGUGGUGCCGUGAUUGGCGGAAUGUUCGUCAACUAUUUUGGAACGACUGCCACAUUCCGUGGAUAUGGAGUCAUUUGCAUUUUUGUUCUUGCCGCUUUUGUGUUCAUCAAUUUCUAUCGAAAGGAGCAGGGCUUUAUUUCAGAAAUUCCAACCACGGAAGAUCCACAUCAGGUUGCGGAAGAGACGGCGCAUCUUGCUCCGCAUGGUGUUCCUAGUAACCCCAUACCAAGAGCAUUAUCCAGUACACGAUUAAAUGAAAUAGGCAAUCAAAAUUCCGACAAUGGUUACGGUACUUACCAAACUACAGGUGGAGCCCUCGAUGUUCCUGGCGGUGUGCCAAAUAAUCCAUUCGCUGCUCCCCAGAAUAUCAGCCAAGGUGGACACCAGUAUUAAAUGAUGAUACUUAUACAUAAUCCAACAGUACGACUACUUGGUAGGAUAGGUUUACGUGUAACACGUCAUUUCAGCAACAAACACGCAUACAUUCAAACCGAAACACAGUCAUUAGUAUAAAUAUUGAUUAUUUAAUCUGGUUCUAGUUAUGACAUACGUUCAAGAGUGCAUCCAUAAGUUAGUUAACAUUUCGAGAAGAUUUAUUUUGCUGUCGUAAUUUAUGGAGUAUCUUUGAUCGUGCAUUCAAUUUGAAUGAAAUCAAAAUCUAUAUAAUCUAAAUUGCAAUCUCUAGCUAAUACGAAAGUCCCAACAAAACAAAUUAAACGACAGCCGGUUCAAAUACAUAUCGGUUGUUCAAGAUAUUAUUCCUAAAUGUUGGGAAGCUGAAUUAGGAUAUGAACAUAUGAAGAACUCAACAUAAAUGUGUCGCUUACCUAUGCAGCAUUUCACAAGAUACAAAUCACAGUAUUCGACUUUUGUUUGUGACAAACAAACUCGAUUUAUUUAAACCUGAUUGUAUUUUCUUUGUAUAUUACCCUUACUUGAAAACAUAAAUUAAACAAUUAAGAAAAAAUAAGCACCUAGUAAAAUUGUUAUAAUUACUCUAUGAAUACUCAUACUCACAGGAUAUCAAUCCUGUAUGCCUAGUACAUUACCUUUGCUACUUAUUGGAUUAAUAAAUAGAAAAACGUUUCUAAUAUUACCACAUAAUGAUUGAAUAAUUAUUUUAUGUUUCACCAAAUCGCCAUUGAUUUUUUUAUGAAUGCAACCUUUUGUUCACUUGCACAACGAAAACUGUCGUCCACACGGAAGUUUAAAUCAGGUAUCAAUUCUAUAAAUACAAGCAAAGUUUUAUUCCUACAUCAAAAGUUGAAGUUUGUUUGAAUAUAAAUUCUUGUUAAAAUGCAAUGCCAGCAAAAGCUUUAUUGAAACAUCGUGUCGCAUAUCAGUUUUCAACUACAAAUUUUAAAUAAGAGCGUUCAAAUAUUUAAAAUGAAUGAUAGAAUGUACUAUUUACCGUAUUUACAACACGUUUCUCAUGGCCACAAGAAGGCAGUUUUAUAGACAACCAGUGCUCCGAUAAUAUCCUCCACCUUCUGUAAAACUAAGCAUUAAAAAAUUCGAUACAUUGUGCAAUGCAAAACAAUCAUGUGUUCUAUUCUCAAUAUUUGAUCGUUAAAAUCAACAAUCUAAAUUUGACUUUGCUGUUGUUAACCAGUCAGGUACGACCCUCGAUGUAGUCUCGAAUGUUCAUAAUACCAGUACCAGCAUUGAAUUACAUGUGCCGUUGUCAUCUUUUGUUGUAUAAAACCAUACUUGACUGAUAGAAACGGAAGGUUUAAGUACCAUGAACUAGCUGUAAUCGAUAGAGAAUAAUCACAGUAUGUUACCAAAAAAACAGGAAGUAUAGAUGUUGAAAAGUACUCGUGAUAAAAUUAGAAAAAAUACAGUGAGCUCGCAAUUAAAUAAUGAAUGAAAAAUAACAUUAUGUAUCUGAACAUGUACAGCACUGAUACUAUAAUAAAGUUAUAUAGUUUUCGACUGUACAAAAUGCACUUCUAAAAUGUACUAACAUGAAAUAAAUGCGAAAGUCGUUACAAUGACAAA